AUGCGUCUUGCACUCAAGACCGUUGCCGAUCAAAAAGCAUGGGACAUCUUCCGACUGUUACCACCGAAACCCGACAAAAUUGGUUACGGUUUUUGGCACGAAGCCAGUCUCCAAGUCCUCAAACUAUGCACAUUUGUAGUAUUAUUUAUAUUAACCCUCGGUUCAGCAGUUGUCGCCAAAAGCUCUUUCCUCCUAAUGACAUCAGCAAUUGGUUGGGGUGGUAUGAAUAUGACCAUUUGUAGGGAUAAAAUACCAGAAUCACAGUUGAAUACCGUACACAUUACAAAUCGACUAGUAGUCAAGUGGGUUUGGGCGACGUUCAUCGCCCUUUCCGCUCCGGAAGCAUUCUGUUUUAUACGAUCACUACAUCGAACUUUAUUUAAAAAUGUCAAACGACCAACAUUAAUACAGUUUGCUACGGUCUUCUUUAUUGAAACACUUCAUGCGAUUGGUGUAGGAAUUCUUGUAUUUCGUAUCUUUCCCGAUUUGGAUGCCGUGACAGCUACCCAGCUGACCAGUGGAAUGUGCUUUAUACCGGCGAUUCUUUCACUGUUGAGUCGUCGCCCAAGCAAAAUCGCUCUCAUUCUUGUCAUCAUUGACAUUGUCGCCAUAGCAGCUCAAAGUUCCGGAUUCUGGGCAUUUCCGAUGUUUAUUCCUAGUCUUGAAAAACAUUCCGUCGCUAUUCCAUGGUGUUUGGUGUUUAUCUCAUUGGCUUGGUGGCAAAAUUUUGUUCACAACGACUCCGUUUUUCCACCUAUUCGAGCUUUGGCCAGAUUCGCGUCUCGUCUUUCUGAAAGACGAUCAAAGACUUAUGCAGUAGUGUCACUAUGGAAAAUCUGUAUCUAUCUGCUUUGUAUGAUCACUUUCAUGUCAUCACGCUUGAUACGUUCCGUCUACCGUAUUCCGGCUCAUCAAAUCUAUUUUUCCUAUGAAUAUUUGAAUAAUUCUUUUCCCUUCAGUAUGCAGCUGAACGAUUUACUCCAGCGAGAUCCAUUUGGGGAGAAAUUAAUUACCAUUACUGGUCAUAAUCUAAAUCAAACUCAAAUCGACAAAUUUCUUGCAAGGAUGAGCAAAUACGGAGGAGCCGAUUAUGACGAUCUACCUUCUUAUCCGCCAACAAAAAAGCCAAUCAUCAUCAGUGAGGGACGUGCCAUAGAAGUCGACACUGGAGACUAUCGCGCUCGAUGGAGGCGACAAGCAGCAGCUAUAGAUGAAGAUGACGACCUGCCAUCGGCAUACAAUGUCUAUGACAAUUACGUUGAACUAAACCAGUUCACAUCACCCUAUGAUGCUCUAUGGAUCGCCCUUGUUCAAGUGUCAGCUGUUUUUCUGUGCUAUCACAGCAGUAAAUUCGCCUGUAAGGUGAUGAUGCAACGAUUGGGUUUUGCUUUGCCCAUGGCUCUGGCAGUACCAACCACGGUGUUCGUUCUAUCGACCACAUGCACAUUUCGAUCCGUCGAUUCAUGCCAUAUGACCAGCACUCUUACGAAGGAGUUAUUUUGGAAAUGUUUCUCAUCAUAUUCCUCGUUCACCGUCUUCCUCUCAUCACCUCAAACAUGGAUUUGGUUGAGUUGGUUCAUAAGUCAAUGUUGGAUCACCGUCCAUUUAUGGACUCCAAAACAUGAGCGACUUGCCAGAAGUGAGAAACUUUUCAUCCUUCCUUAUUACGUUGGUGCAUUCGUCGAUCAAUCGUUGGCAUUCAAUCGUAGAAGAGACGACAAAGCAAAAAUCCGUCCAGAGGAUCUUGAAUUCGAUCAGGAAGAAAACUCACAAACCUACGAAACUAUACCUGGUAUGGGACAUGUCAGCAAACCACCACCGUCUGUGUGCAGUCUAAGCAGCAGUAAAUUGGAAAACGGACUGAUUAGAGAUUCGGCCAGUAGUGCAGAUGCGAUCACAAAAAUCUAUGCAUGUGCUACAAUGUGGCAUGAAACCACCCACGAGAUGACAUGUAUGUUGAAAAGUAUCUUCCGAAUGGACGAAGACCAAUGUGCUCGACGAAAUGCUCAGAAAUACUUGAAGGUAAUUGAUCCGGAUUACUAUGAGUUCGAGGCGCACAUCUUUUUCGACGACGCCUUUGACACCGAUGAAUACGGCAAUCCAGUUAUCAACAAAUUCGUGAAACAGCUUGUCGAAGUUGUCGAUCAAGCAGCCAGCGCUGUCCAUCAAACCCAAAUGAGACUGAAACCACCGAAGAAGAUCACUACACCGUAUGGAGGCCGAUUACAGUACAUUCUUCCCGGGAAGAACAAGCUGACUGUUCAUCUUAAAGAUAAAAAUAAGAUUCGACAUAGGAAAAGAUGGAGCCAGGUGAUGUACCUGUACUAUUUACUCGGCUACAGACUCAUGAUGAAGGUCGAUGAACAGGCUAGAAAGGAGGUGAUCUCUGAAAAUACGUUCAUUCUGACGCUGGAUGGUGAUGUCGACUUUACUCCGCAUUGCGUGAAUUUGUUAGUGGAUCUAAUGAAAAAGAACAAAAGACUCGGAGCAGCAUGUGGUCGAAUCCAUCCAAGAGGCUCUGGUCUCAUGGUAUGGUAUCAAAAGUUCGAAUACGCCAUCGGCCAUUGGCUUCAGAAAGCCACUGAACAUAUGAUUGGAUGUGUAAUGUGUUCGCCAGGUUGUUUCUCACUGUUCAGAAGUUACGCUUUGAUGGACGAUAAUGUAACGAGAAAGUACGCUUCGAAGUCAGAAGAACCACUGGAUUAUAUUCAAUACGAUCAAGGAGAAGACAGAUGGCUAUGUACACUUCUGCUUCAGAGAGGUUAUAGGGUAGAAUACUGUGCGGCUUCGGAUGCCCUCACUUUUGCUCCUGAAGGCUUCAAUGAGUUUUUCAAUCAACGACGACGUUGGAUUCCAUCGACCAUCGCGAAUAUUAUCGAUUUGCUGAAAGACUAUAAAAAUGUUGUUCGAGUAAAUGAGAGCAUAUCGAUAUGGUAUAUCCUCUACCAAACGGUCAUGCUUAUCUCCUCAAUUCUUGGACCGGGUACGAUUUUUUUGAUGGUUGUUGGAGCAAUAUCGAUCUCGUUCAAUAUCGAUACCACUUGGAGUUUGCUGAUCGUCUCCCUACCUGUCGCCACAUUUUGCAUAGUCUGUUUGACAGCUAAACCCGAGAAACAGCUACUUUUUGCUCAAAUUGUUGGAGCUCUGUUCGCCAUGUUGAUGACCGCGGUGUUCGUUGGUACGUCGCUUCAGAUUCAGAAGGACGGAAUCCUGUCACCACAUGCGAUUUUCCUUUUUUCUGUAUUUGGAAGUUUUCUGACAGCUGCCAUUUUGCAUCCGCUUGAAUUCACCUGCAUCAUCCCAGGAUUACUGUACUUCCUCGCCAUCCCCUGUAUGUACAUGCUGUUGCCGAUCUACUCUAUUUGUAAUCUGAAUACGGUAUCCUGGGGAACUCGUGAAGAUCCAAGGCCGCAGGAGAAGAAUGAUCUGGCCAAGUCGCAACCGCAGAAAGGACAUCAUUUGGAUUUGGUGAACAAUGGAGCUGAAGCUCAGGUAUCAAAUCUGAUCUCGUUCUUUGGCCAUUGUAUAGCGCGGUUUUCAGGUCGAUGGAGACUGGUCGAUAGGCUGUGGAAGUGCUUGUCGCCUACUGUGUUGCCUGAAGCCCGAUCAGCUGGAGUCAUCUCCACAGGUAAGAGUUCACGGCCUCCGAGGAUUUUUCUUUCUGUCGAGUGUUUGCUGACUUUCCAGAUCUGGCGAAUCAAUGACAAACUGAAUGAAAUCAACAAGAAACUGGAACGAAUCGAAAGAAAGCAACAGCCCGGACUAACACGCAGAGCGUCAAUUGUGUCAUCUGGAGGUGUUGUUGUUGAGAAAUCUGGAGAAAUUGUGGAAGACGACCAGGGUGAGGAUGAUCCCGAGCUACAACUUCCAAGUCAGAUGUCCGCUACGAAACUGAUCAGACAUCGAAGUUGGAUUCAUGACAAGGCGCUGAGAAGAGCCGAGUCUGAAGUGAUCGAUCCGGAUGAGGAGCAUUUUUGGAUGGAUGUAAUCGAGAAAUACUUGUCACCUUUGACAGUUGAUCCCAAAGAGCAAGAACGAGUUCGAGCUGCACUGGUUGAACUCAGAAACAAAGUUGUAUCGUCGUUCUUCAUGGUGAACGUGGUAUUCAUAAUUGUUAUUUUGGUAUUACAAUUACAAAAGGAUUGUCUUCAUAUCGAAUGGCCAAUUGGGCCAAAAUUCAAUCACACUGUUCGACCUUGUCAUGGCGAUACCAAAGAGGAGAUUUGGGUGGUGACACGAUUACAACUAGAACCGCUUGGUUUCGUCUUUCUCAUCUUCUUCAUGAGUAUCCUAAUUAUUCAGUUCAUUGCGAUGUUGUGCCAUCGUUUCGGUACUAUGGCACAUAUAAUUGCAUCAACGGAACUUUUCUGUUUCCGAAAGACUGUAGGAAAGCUGAGCGAGGAGGAGCUAGUCAUCCAAAAUGCCGUGGAAAUCGCUCGGGAACUGCAGGCGAUUCGUGGUGUCGAUGAGUCAAGGGAACUUGGGCAGAUGGGAGAGCAAAUAGGACGCCGUCGAGUGGUACAGAACCUGGAAUCGUCACGGAUUUCACUCAUGAAACGCAAGACGGAGACAUUGGAUGCUGCCUUCAAGAAGAGAUUCUUCGCACUCUCCAGUGAGGCAACACAAGAUGGUGCCGAUUUUUCGACGCGGGGUAGUCGACGACGUGUCACCCUCACCAAGGGCACCAUCCGGGCCCUUGAAAAUCGACGAAACUCGCUGUUCGGUACAGGCGAAAGGAAGCAUCAACCUCCAACCGAAGUGGAACGAAACUCUCCUGGUGCCGGCAAUCGGGGCCCUGCUCAACGGCGACUUGAACGCCUUUUCAACCCAUCUGAUCUUCAUUCAUUGGAAAUCGAAAAACGAAGGGUAGUGCCCAUCUGGGACAGGACUGAGUUGGAUGCUCGCCGAUUCUAG